GUCCAAAAAACACCACCAUGUCCGCCCGCAUCCAGAAGCCUGCUCCCGAGUUCACCGGCACCCUCGUCAAGAACGGCGAGUUCUCCGAGGUCUCGCUCAAGGACUACCUCGGCAAGUGGGUCGUCCUCUUCUUCUACCCCCUCGACUUCACCUUCGUCUGCCCCACCGAGAUCCUGGCCUUCAACAAUGCCCUCGAGCAGUUCGCCGCCAUCGGCGCUGAGGUGAUCGGCGUGUCCACCGACUCGGAGUACACCCACCUCGCGUGGGCGCAGACCCCGCGCAAGGAGGGCGGCCUCGGCCCCGACCUCAAGCUCGGCCUCUUCGCCGACCGCAACCACGCCGUGUCCAAGGCGUACGGCGUCCUCCUCGAGGACGAGGGCAUCGCGCUCCGCGGCACCUUCUUCAUCGACCCCAAGGGCACCCUCCGCGCCUCGCACAUCCACGACCUCCCCGUCGGCCGCUCGGUCGAGGAGACGAUCCGUGUCGUCAAGGCCUUCCAGUUCACCGACGAGCACGGCGAGGUCUGCCCCGCCGGCUGGGAGGAGGGCAAGGACACGAUCGACACGGCCGACGCGUCCAAGUACUUCAUCAAGCAGUAAGCGUCGCGCCAGCGCAACCACCCCACCAACCCAAACCCCAACCCCCCACCCCUAGAGCUAGAGCGAUAUAGAGCGGGAGGAGGGAAGAGAGCAGAGAGAGCGAGAGAGGAAGAUAGGCAUGCCUUCAUGGAUCUCUGCCAGUGAUAAGAGUGUGCGAGCGGCCCCAAGCGUGGCCAAGGCGCUUCGGCGCAGCAGUGUAGCUUUCUCCAUGAGUCAUCCCUGUCGUGCUCGUCCCAUUCCCCGCGCGCUAUCUACGUUGGCCCCCUACCACGCUCCCUAGCCCCCCCACGUCCGUCCAACCUGACCACGUGCGCAGAGCCGACGAGUCCAACAAGCGCAAGGAGCCCGGUUCGGCCGAGAAGCCCAGCAAGCGGGCCAAGGCUGAGGCUUAAGUAGCAAAAUCAAUGUGAGCGAGCGGUCAGUCGCCGCCCGGGCCGAGGCUGCCGAGCGCGCACAUCCGCCGCAGCAAGUUGUAGCAGUACAUAUAGGAGCCAUUAUGUGUGUCGGUGUCUAUGCGCG